ACCCAGUAUAUACAGCAUAAGUAAUUUCAUGAAUCAGUAAGAGAUUACUUGAAUGUGAAGAAAAUGUAAUUCUACUUGCAUGCAUGCUUGCAUACAUAAUACUACAGUAAAAUAAAGUUUUUGAAGAAUUAAAGCAUGGGUCAUGUGAUCACGUCAAACAAGAGAAAUAAAGGAUAAAUAGUUGUGAUUAAGUUAUAAUCAGAGGAAGAUUGAAGAAACCACUUACCUGGAUUAAUGAAGAACCAGUUUGUGGUAUGACAAGACAUGAAUGUAUCCAUACUUGAAACCAUACACCCGUAACUCAGAUGCAGACAUUUUAUAGCACUAAUGUUCUUGCAGUAACCAUGGAGGCAAGAUUUCAUAAACUGCUAACACAUGGGAUUCUUUCCUCAGCCAUUGCCCUUCAAAUUGGCCCCUUGAUAAAGAUAGAAAUAAUAUUUGGAGAAGGAGAAGGUUUUGUUUUUAUAUAUUUACCCUUGUGUCAAGACAGUUAUCAACUGAUAGUUUAUCACAAAAUCACUGGUUGCCAGUACAGUCAGACACAAAUUGCUGGUCUGUUGGACUGGGUGGAUAGUGACUGCUGAGCUGUAGCGCAUCUAACAGCAAAACACCUUUAAGUGUCUGAUUUCUGAAAGUGCUGAAUCUUACAUGCGGUAAGUACGGGGCACAGGUGAAGGUCAGCAUCAGGACCACCUGUUACGGAUAAGAGGUGGACUUGAGUAAAUUGCAUACACUGGAUGAUGAGGGGUCUUAAUCAUGCUUCAUCAUAGCACAUGUGCCCAAUCAGUACAGAGCACUGGAGGAGAAGUGGGUAUAUAGAUUCAGUGGAGGUGUGGAGUUUGUUUAGCUCUUGCAUUUGAAGACUGCAGACUGAAACUAGUAUACCAGUCUGAAAAACACAACAAUGCAUUCUACCAUGAUCCUUCUGGGUAUCUUGUUUGGCUUGCUGACCCAGGUGUACACUCUACCUGUUAAGAAUUCUACCGGAGUACAUGAGGGAAAAGUGAGGUUGAAGAGGAAAUACUCAGAUGAAAUUACAGAGCGUGAUGAAAUGAAUGCAAUGGAUCAAGUCCUGGAAGUCAAUCGCAGGUUGCGAGUCCCCCGAGGACUGUCAUUCAGAGAGGGAGAUAUUGCCACCUCAUAUGUACGGAGUGCCAUAACCUGCCCUAGCAAUGCCUGCCUGUGGCCUAAAUCAGUUGACGGAUUUGUUUAUGUGCCCUUCAUGAUCUCUCCACUAUAUGACGACAUGGACAGAAUCACCAUAGAAACUGGGAUGCAAGACAUUUCCUCUGGAACAUGUAUUAAAUUUGUUCCACGCUCUCAUGAAGGCAGCUUCCUCGAUAUUCAGCCGAGAUACGGCUGCUGGUCGUUUCUGGGGCAGACUGGAGGAAGCCAGACCCUGUCACUGCAGACUCCUGGGUGCAUGUGGUCUGGAGUGGCUGCCCACGAGUUCAUGCACGCCCUCGGCUUUGUACAUGAGCAGUCUCGCUCAGACCGAGACCACUAUGUCUCAAUUGUAUGGAAAAACAUCAUGCCAGACCAAAUUCAUAACUUCAGGAAACAGGUGACAAACAAUCUCAAUAGUCCAUAUGACUACAACUCUGUCAUGCAUUAUGGAAGAUAUGCCUUCUCUGAAGAUGGUGGACCAACAAUAAUCCCCAGACCUGAUCCUUACGUUCCCAUUGGCCAGCGAGAUGGACCCAGUGCUCUAGAUCUUCAUAAAAUAAAUGUCCUAUAUAACUGUGGUGUCAAUGAGUAACUGGAUCCAGAGUGUCACAUCCUGUUUUUCUGUCAUAUUCUGUUAAAAUCUGCUCUCAGGUUAUGUCAGAUGUGGAAAAUGGUUGAUUAUAACUUCUGGUCUUGAGUAGAUUAUAAGGGCAACAUUACUUUAUAGCGAUUUCAUUUUUCUAUAUUAAUAUUUUGAAUUAUUAUCACAAAUUCUAGUCUGUACCAUCUACUAAUCUGUGAUAAAGAUGUCAUAAGGUGAAAUAAAAUGGCAAGUAAGAAUUGAAAGCUGCAUUUCUCUAAUAUAACUAAAAUCAGCACUGUGAUACAUUUUUUUGACGCUACCAAUUAGAUAACUGCAUCCAAUCUCUGAAUCACUUUGUUCCAUUUCCUGCAUCCUUGUCAGCUUCUGCUCACUUUAAAUAAAGAAAAUGCAACAGUAAGAGGUAUGGU